AUGGCUGCUCACAUGGCGGUAAAUUCUGGAGCCAGUCUGUGGGGGCCCCUGAAGGAGCUGUGGGAGACUGUGGAAGGGGCUGUGCUGAGGAAGCAGCUUGAAAGCGUCUAUCUCCUUGAUCUACAGCUGAAGAAACACAAACCACACUUUGUGUCACUAUUCAAAAACCCGCCAAAAAGUGCAGAACAAAAGGAAAAAGUGCGUAAAGCCAGCACGGAGGGAAUCUGCAUUCAAGGUCAGCAGGGGUCUCGACUCCUUCCAGAGCAAGUUAUCACAGAGGCCUUCAUCCUUAGUGAUUUGUUUGACAUUGGAGAGUUGGCAGCUUUGGAGCUUCUAUUGGCAGGAGAGCACCAACAGUCUCAUUUUCCAGGCCUGACACGGGGAUUAGUGGCUGUCUUACUGUACUGGGAUGGGAAGCUUUGUGUGGCCAACUCCUUGCGAACUCUCAUUCAGUCACGUCAUGGAAAGACCUUCACCCUGGACCUCAGUGAAGAGUUGGUGGCUUUGACAAUGCGGUUUACAGAUGAACUGAUGAGCCAGGGUCUGACUAAACGUAUUCUGACCUUGGUGUCAGAGAUUAGCGUGACACGUGAGUUUGAUCGGUUGCAGAAGGAGCGCGGACUGGGCAAUGAAAAGCAUAGAAAAGAGGUUUCUGAACUCAUCAAAUGCUGCAGACAGGCAUUAGCAGACAGCUUGUUUUCAUGGACCUGCCAGUCACCUUUGACUAAAGAUGACACACUGGCUCUCAUUGGUCACCUGGAAACUGUGACAACUCAAGCCGAUGGCUCAUUGGAUAGUGUGAACCUGGCUCUGGUCAUGGCGCUGUUGUACUGCUUGGAUGUCAGUUUUAUUGAGCAAGGGACAGAAGACAGAGAGGAUCUGCUCCAGGCUCUACCUUUACUGACAGAGAGGCAGUAUGUGUCAGCAGUACACAGCCGUCUGAUGGAUGGUCAGCAGUGGAAGCUUCCAGGCCUGCAGGCUGUUUGUCGGCUUGCUUGGGCUUUGUCUUUGAGAGGCCUUUCACAGCUGCCACAGGGCUCUGCUCUGGUGGAAUUCACAGAAGCAGAUGAGGCUCUGGCUGACCAGGCUCUACUGGGAGAUGUCUUCCUUUUUAUGAAAGAGGGAAUGCUGGGAUGUGAGAGCUUUGCCCAGGAAGAGUUUUACAUCCGGCGCCUCCAUUCACUAAUUACAGAUUUCCUGACACUCAUGCCAAUGAAGGUGAAGCAGCUUCGUAACAGAGCUGACGAGGAUGCUCGUCUGGUGCACAUGUCCCUACAGAUGGACAGUGAGCUUCCAUCAUCCCUGCGCAAAGACUUAGACCAUCUCAUGAUCCUCAUAGGAGAGUUAUACAGCAAGGAUGUGUUUGGACUGGAGCUGGCUCUGGAGUUUUGGUGUCCCACAGAGUCUCUCCAACACACUUCACUGCAUGGAUCUUACCUUGGAAUGGCCCUGCAAAGGCCUCCACAUAAACAGGUGGUUCUGUCCAAAUUUGUGCGUCAGAUGGGAGACCCUCUGCCCUCCAUCCUCUACAUCUCCUAUCUCAGAAUGUUAAAAGGCCUCGCCAGUGGACCGCAGUGCGCUCAUUACUGCUUCAGCCUGCUCAAAACCAAUGGAGCUACACACAGUGACAAUAUCCAGGGAGUAUCAGGCAGUCCCGUGUCCUGGGAACAUUUUUUCCGCGCCCUCAUGUUGUAUCACGAGAACCUUCGAAGAGAACUUCCAAAUCCAGAUGCAGCGCACUACCGCCACCCACCACUAAGGGGCAUUACCCAAAGAGAGCUGGAGGGGCUUACUUCAUUUUUGCAGUUGUUCACCACCAUCAUUACUUGGAGUGAAAAUGCUCGACUGGCACUGUGCGAACAUCCUCAGUGGACCCCAGUAGUUGUGAUGUUGGGGUUACUGCAGUGCAGCGUUCCACUUGUCCUCAAGGCUGAGCUGAUGCACUGCCUGGCAGCUUUUGGGAAGUCACCAGAGAUUGCUGCGUCACUGUGGCAGUCACUCGAAUACACACAGAUACUUCAGACAGUGCGACCCUUGGGGCAGAGGCAGGUUGCAGGAAUUGAGGUUGAGUUGAAUGAAAUUGAGUCUAGCUGUGAGGAGUACCCUCUGACACGAGCCUUCUGUCAUCUCAUCAGCACAUUAGUUGAGAGCAAUUUGCCAGUUAAUUUGGGGGCAGGGCUCCGUGUACCCGGUUUCCAGCCCUACCUGACCUUCUUGAGAGACUCUGUGUUUCUUCCCUUCCCCACCAGAGCAUAUCGUCGUCCAGCUGAGAAGUGGGAGGUUGCUGCUGCUGUGCUGGAGGUUUUCCACAAGCUGCUGAAGGACUAUGAGCCUCAGUUAUCAGACUUUGUCCAAGAGAUGGUGGAGCUUCAGGGUGAGCAGGUCCCAGCGCACAAGCCCCCUGGUCACAGCAUCAUGUUCCACCUGCUCAGUGACUCUCCCAUGCUGGCUCUCUGCCUCAGCCUGCUGGAGGAGGGUGUACGCCAGCUGGGCUUGUACAUGCCGUUCCCUGGGAAGAAGCAGCUGGAGUCAGCAGCACUGCACUGCCUGUGCCUGCUGGAUUUAGUUCUGCAGAAGGAGGUGAUGUUCAUGGACCUCCUCAGGGAGAGCCAGGCCUCACUACUGGUUUCUCCCUUAGAGCAACUCCUCCAGGGGGUCAGCUCUCAAACCCGAAGGGCUGAUCACAUUGUCAACAUCGCCAGGUACCUGUACCACAGCAGCUCCAACACAGAAGCUGCCUUUCACAGUGCAAAGGUCUUGCGUUGCAUUGCUCGUUACCCCAACAUCCAGAUAAGGCUGGUGGGAGACUUCACACAUGACCAGGCUGUGAGCGACAAGCUGAUGGCGGGUUUUGUGGAGUGUCUGGACAACGAAGAAGCAGAGGAGGGAACAGGGGAAGGAUAUGAGUCUGACCCACUAAAGAACAUUGCAAGGAUUCGACACAAAACCCAGAUCCAUAUCCUGAACCUGCUUAUCACCUCCUUGGAGCUGAAUACCCCGAAUUUGGCCCUCUAUCUUUUGGGCUAUGAAGUCAAGAAGCCGGUCUCCUCCACCAAUCUUCAGGAUCCAGGUGUGUUGGGAUGCCCACGAAGCUGCCUGCAUGCCAUCUUGAGUCUGCUCCAGAGAGGCACCGAUAAGCGAUCAGGACCUGUACUCGUCCGCCAGGCACCACAUCUUGCUGAGCUUUGUUACCAGGUGAUCUACCAUCUGUGUGCCUGCUCAGACACUUCUGGACCCACCAUGCGCUACCUGAGAACCAGUCAGGACUUCCUGUUCUCCCACCUGAAGCACUUACCGUUCAUCCUGCCCAGUAACCCCAUAGCUGCUCUGUCCCAGAUGUCUUGGCUCAUGAAGACAGCAGCCAUUGAGCUGAGAGUAACGUCACUGAACCGCCAGCGUUCACAUGCACAGCGUCUCGUCAGUCUUCUGCUGGAUGACCAGCCACACACUCAGCAUACAGUUGAUGGGGAAUCUGGGAUGGAGGAUGAGACCAGAACAGUUAUUGGUUUCCUGCAUUUUGACACAGUUUCUAAAGUUCGCAGGAAGCUGCUGAGUGUGCUGGACGCUAUCGAUUUUAGUCAGGAUAUGCCCGAGCUGCUGCAGCUGGACUUCUUUGAGCGCACUCAAAUAGAACAAGUGAUCGCCAACUGUGAGCAUGUCAAUGAGCAAGGAUACACCGUCUGCAAUGUUAAGGUGCUGCAUAGAGUGCUGGUUGCUGAGGUGAAUGCCCUGCAAGGAAUGGCAGCCAUUGGACAAAGACCCCUGUUAAUGGAGGAGGUGAACUCGAUCCUGCAGCAGGUGGUGGAAAGGAACCGCGUACGUCGGAGUCUGAGUGCAAAGCGACAUGCGCUGCAGUCCUGGAGGAGCCUCGUGGAGACACUGCUGACCGCCUGCCCUCCAGACCUCAUACCUGCUGAAGACAGGCAGCUCAUCAUCAGAGACCUGCUGUUGGACCUGCAUGAUAAGGUUUUAUCUGAGGAUGCUGCAGGAGAGCUGAUGCCCAUCGUUGCUGGUGCAGUCUUCACUCUGACAGUUCACCUCAGCCAAUCAGUCCUGUCUGAGCAGCAGCAGGGGGAGGGAUUAGAAGGCGGGGCUUCAUCUGGAUUUGCCUCCAUCGCCAACUCUGCUCUUCACUUGAUUCUUCGUAAAAUGUUGGACUUUAUCCUUUGUACCGGCGGUGGAUACCAGCGUCUGCGAGCUCAUCUGUACGGCUCUCUGCUAUAUUACCUCCAAAUUGCACAAAAACCCGAAGAACCAGACACUCUGCAGUCAGCAGGGAAGACGAUGUGGGAACGCCUCACAGCCCCCGAGGACGGUUUCUCAAAACUGCAGAUGGAGAGCCUGGUGAUCAUUGAGCGCUACGGCAGAGCUCUCAUGGAGGUGGUGUGUCGAGACAGCUGUGACGGCAACGAAAUUAGCAGGAUGUUGGCCUUGGCUGUGCUGGACCGGAUUCUGUCCAUAGACCGUCAGAAUCAGUGGUUGGAGUUCGUGUGUAACAGUGGCUAUCUGCGCUCGCUGGUGGAGAGCCUGAGACAGGACGACACAGCUCUGCAGAGCCUGCUGACGCCACAGUCUCCUCUUCUCAAGCAUCUCUACAUCUAUGAGAGUAAGAUGGCUCUGCUGACUCGUGUGGCUAAAACUGGUCAGGGAGCAGUGAAGCUGCUGCGCUGUGGGCUGGUGGCACAGCUGAUCGAGUGCCAGGUGUUUGACAUGAUCCCCGACAGUGACGCACACAGGGUGAUGAGGGACCCGUCAGGAUUCAUCCCGAGCCCUCUGGCCUGCUACAGGCAGAUUCUCUUACCCACUUUGAGGCUCUUUCAGGUCAUCCUGACCUCCACUACUGUCAAUCACCAGCAGGGGGCAGCACAAGUUCUGCAGUGGCUGAUCGUCCAUGCAGACACUGUUCAGUCGCUGCUGCGCUGUCAGGAGCUCAGCGUGGGUGCGUGGCAGGAGCUGUCUCUGCUCACUGGUAUCAUCAGUAAGACGGCUCUGCCAGGUGUCCUUGAGAUGGGCGGGGAGGUCAGCAGUGCUGCACUUUUGGAGUUUCAGGGUCAAAUCAACAGAUUCCAGCGUCUGUGUCUGUCGCUGCUCGGGCGUCUGGUGGGAAAUGAGCGGGAGAGGUUACUAAAGCGGGUAGAAGCGGCCGAAUCCGGAGAGUCCACGGAACGCCGGGAAGAGAUGGAGGUUGCCAUGCAACAGAUCUGCGCUAACAUCAUGGAGUACUGCCACACCCUCCUGCUGCAGAGCUCCACCCACGCCCAGUUCAGCAUCUGCCUGUUCAGCCCAUCAGCCAGUGAGCCUGCCGGCAGAGAAGCAGGUCGCGCAGAGCUGUUGUCCACGCUAUCGUCGGUGGCUUUAUCACGAACCCCCAACCUGGGUCUGGUUCUGUAUCUGCUGAAGAACACUGCAGCUGAUUUCUUCCGUUUCCACCAAAGCCACGUACAGAAUCUUGGCAAACUGCAGAAUCUGGAUCAGCUGCCCCCAGAGGAGCUUAAAGAGUUGUGCCAGGGCCUGGUGUCAGGUCCAGGAGGGGUGGAGAAACUCUCCUCAGUCCAGAGGAAUUUACUGGCCAAGAGACGACUGGUGCAGCUCAUCAACAACAGAGCCAAGCUGCUGGCUCUGUGCUUCUAUGUUAUUGAAACCUCUUUGUUUGUGUUGUGGCGCCACCUAGAGUACUAUCUGCUGUACUGCGUGCUCUAUGACCCCAAGGACUCCCUGCUGCCUGGAGUCGACAUGUACAGGCCACGCCCCACUGAUGACCUUUUAGGCGGGUUACAGGCAGGUGCAGGGCGUGGUCAAAGUCUGUCCCGGGUCAGCCAGCUAGAGAUUGACCAGCUGCAGCGUGACAUGAUGGCAGCUUUCGGGGAGGCUCUCCAAAGGAAGCUGCUGGACGUGGAGAGUUUAUACAGCCAGGUUCGAUCCCGCUACACCUUCAUCCAGGCUCUGGUCCGCAGGAUCCGCGGCCUCCUGCAACGACCGAAAAGCUGAGACACUCACUCAAACUAAGACUGGACAAAACCUUCUUUCCUCUUUGCAGCACCAAUCUGUGUCAUGAACCCAGAAAAACUAGAUCAACCUUGGCGUCACUGUUUUUACUGAAAUAUUCCUGGACGUCACCAGUACUCGAGUGCUACAAUUGUCAGUACAACCGACCCGAAACAUGUAACACAAUGCAAAGAAUUUUUUUUUUUUUCUCACUAAUGCAUCACAAACAAGUUUUAUAUUUAAGAAUUUCAUAUUUCAUUCACUAUAAUUGUCUUUUUGUGAGAAUAAAUUGUUUUUUAAAUAAAUUAGU